GCCGGGCGGCAGCGAGCGGAGAGGCGCGGGGUGAGCGCGGGCGGGCGCGGCGCGAUGUGAGCGGGGCGGCGGGGCAGCGGGCGGCCAUGCGCUUCUGAGCCGCGCAGGAUGUUCGGGCUGGAGCAGUUCGAGCCGCAGAUGAGCAGCCGGAGCGGCGGGCAGGGAGAGCGCGGCUUCGGGCAGCCCGGACUGAGCAUGAGCGCUCACUUCAAGGCGCCGGCCUUCCCCGGCGGCGGUCCGGCGGCCGCGGUGGACCCGGCCCUCGGCGCGCUGGGCGAGCCGCCCCUCCUCGGCAUGAACAUGAGCCUGCCCGGCGACGGCUACGGCUUUCCGGGCCGCGGCCCCGCCGAGCUGCACGGCGCCGGCAUGCAGCCGCCCGUGCACGGCUUCUUCGGCGGGCAGCAGCCGCACGGCGGCCACGGCGGCGCGCACCACCCGCACCAGCACCAGCACCAACACCAGCACCAGCCGCACUUCGGCGGCAACUUCGGGCCCGAUCCCGGCGCUUCUUGCGUGCACGGCGGCCGCCUCCUGGGCUACAGCGGCGCGCUGGGCGGGCAGACGGCGUUCGCCGACGGCUACGAGCACAUGGCCGAGAGCCAGGGCGCCGAGGGCUUCGGACAGCAGCGCGCCGGGAACCUGCCCGAUUUCCAGCAGCACAGCGCCGGCGCCUCCGGACACGCCGUGCCGGCGCCCUGCCUGCCCCUCGACCAGUCCCCCAACCGCGCCGCCUCCUUCCACGGGCUGCCGGCGGCCGGCUCGUCCGAGCCCCACGGCCUGGAGCAGCAGCGGCGGCUCCCCGCGCAGGACUCGCUGGAAUACAAUUACCCCGGCGACGGCCCCGCCGCGCACUUCGAGCUGCCCGUCUUCUCACCGUCGGAGCCCGAGGGGCAGCUGCCGCACUACGGCGGCGGGCGGCAGGUGCCGGCGGGCGGCGGCUUCGCGGGGACGGCGCUGCCCCGGGCGCCGGGUAUGGCCGUGGCCAAGGCGCAGCCCCCUCCGCCGCCGCCGCAGCAGCAGCAGCACGGCGUUUUCUUCGAGCGCUUCGGGGGAGCGCGGAAGAUGCCCGCCAGCCUGGAGCCGGGGGCCAGCACCAGGCACCCGCUGAUGCAGCAGCAGCAGCCGCAGCAGCCGCCGGGCUUGCUGGCCAGACAGAACUCCUGCCCGCCGGCCAUCCCUAGGCAACAGCAAACAGAAGCCAACGCUCCCAACCCCAACUUGCAGGACAAUGGGCCGAUAAUGCAGAACCAGCACGCACAGUUUGAAUACCCUAUUCACAGACUGGAGAACAGGAAUAUGCAUCCCUACGCCGACCCCGUGUUUAAUAUGCAGCACCCUCCUCCGCAACAGCCACCAAAUCAAAGACUGCAGCACUUCGAUGCCCCCUACGUGAGCGUCGCCAAGCGGCCGCGCUUCGACUUCCCCGGCAACCCCGGCGUCGAGCGCUGCGCCUCCUGGGCCGGCGGCAUGCACGGCCCGGCCAUGGAGAGCCACCUCUCCCCGACGUCCUACCCGGGGCUGCCGGGCGAUUUCACCCCGCCGGCUCCCGACGCCUUCGUAGGGCCGCUGCCGCACGGCGGCCCCGAGCACCCGGCGCUGGCGCAGCGCCAGAACGCGGCCCUGGUGAUGAAGCAGAUGGCCUCGCGCAGCCAGCAGCGCCUGCGGCCGCCCAGCCUGCAGCAGCUGGGGCACCACGGCGAGGUGGGUCCCGCCGGCUCCCUGCCGCCGCCCGGCUUCGAGCGCGAGGCCGCCGCAGCCCGCGGCUUCGACGCUCCGGCGCCGCACCUGGCGCCCGACGGCACGUGGUUCGCGGGGCCGCCGCCGCCGCCCGGGGAGCUGCUGCCUCGGCGCAUGGCGGGGCCGGGGCUGCCGGCCGAGCCGGCCCCCCACGAGCUGGGCCUGCAGCCGGGCGGCGCGGCCGUGCUCUUCCGGCCGGGCGCCGGCGCGCUGGGGCUGCAGGAGCCGCUGCGGAUGGCGGGCGAAGGCCCGGCGCAGGCCCUGCCCUCUCCCGGCGUCCACCCGCCCUUCGCGCCCGCUGUGGGCGGCCUCUCGCAGCUGCAGUCCCCCGGCGGCGGCGUGGCCCUUCCCAGCGCUCCGGCCGAGCGUCGCGGCCCCGCCGACUUCGCGGCCCAGCCCGGCUUCCCCUUCGGGGCGGCGGCGCGGCAGCCCCCGGCGCACGGCAGCGCGCCCGCCCUCAGCGCCUCGCCCGGCGCCUACCCGCCGCCCCCGCCCGAGUUCCCCCCGCCGCCGCCGCCACCGCGGCCCGCGGCCAGCAAGCUGGGCGCGCUGUCGCUGGGCUCCUUCAGCAAGCCGGCCGGCAAGGACAACGUGUUCGGCCAGAGCUGUUUGGCCGCCCUCUCCACCGCCUGCCAGAACAUGAUCGCCAGUCUGGGCGCCCCCAACCUCAACGUCACCUUCAACAAGAAGAGCCCGGCCGAGGCCAAGCGCAAGCUGAGCCAGGCCGAGCCCGACCCGCCGCCGCCCGCCGCCCCGGACUACUUCCCGGCGGGGCCGACGGCGGGCGGGGGCGCGGGCAAGGCCGCCCCGCUGCUGCCCGCCGAGAGCAGCCUCUCGCCCGGCUUCGCGCUGGAGCCGGCGGCCGGCGGCGAGGGGAAGGCGGGCGGCGGGCGGGGGCGGGGCCGCCGGAAACGGGACAGCGGGCACGUCAGCCCCGGCACCUUCUUCGAGAAGUUCUCGGCCGCGGAGGGCGGCGGGGCGGGCGUCAGCCCGGGGCAACCGGCGCCUCCGGCCGCGGGGGGGCCGCCGGGGGCCGCGGGCGCGGAGCGCGGCGGGGGCACGCCCCACGAUAAGCCCCUGACCUCGCCCUCCUGGGGCAAGGGCGGCGAGCUGCUGCUGGCGGAGCAGCCCGACCUCAUGUCCUCGCUGGACAGCGGCAUCCAGAGCGUGACCAAGUCGGACGGCGGCUCCCCACACGUGGACUUCGCCGACGAGGUCAGCACCAGCUACGGCAACGAAGACGAGGUGUCCUCCAGCUCCGACAACGCCGGCCCCAAACCCACGCGCAGCCCGCUGCUGGGCGGCUCGCCCAAGCUGCCCCGCGGGGAGCACGCGCUGCUCAACGGACAGAAGCCCCUGGCCCUCGGCCUCCUCAAUACAUCUACCUCGACCCCCGACAGCUACGGGCUCAGCAGCACGGCGGGCGCGCACCCCGGCACGCCGGGCAUGGAGCAGGUGCGGACCCCCACCAGCACCUCGGCCCAGGACGAGAUCCACCCUCUGGAGAUCCUGCAGGCGCAGAUCCAGCUCCAGCGGCAGCAGUUCAGCAUCUCGGAAGACCAACCCUUGGGGUUGAAGAGCAAAAAGGGGGAGUGUGCGGGGCAGAAUGGGGACAGUGACCUGGGCGGGUGUUGUUCGGAGGGUGUCAAGAACGCUAUGAGCACCAUCGACCUGGACUCCCUGAUGGCGGAGCACAACUCCACCUGGUACCUGCCCGGUGAGAAGGCCCUGAUGGAGGGGCAGGAGGAAGACAAGCCCAUGGCGCCGUGGGAGAAGCCCAAGCCCCAGAAUCCCAGCAAAGAAGCCCACGACCUUCCCCCGAGCAAGACGUCGGCCGCGGCGCAGACUGGCAGCCACUUGCAGUGCCUCUCGGUGCACUGCACGGACGACGUGGGCGAGGCGAAGGGCCGGACUGCGGUGCCGACAUGGAGGUCCCUGCACUCGGACAUCUCCAACAGAUUUGGGACUUUUGUGGCCGCCCUGACUUGAACAAAAGAAAUUAUUUUUUUUCUCUUUUUAAUUUCAAAGGGCCGCUACUGCUAGGUGGACUAUUUUUCUAGGUUGGUACCUGCUUAGUGGCAUAUGGACUGGAAAGGGUUAAUUUAAAGUAAACCUCAACUUUUUUUUAAUCUUCUGCCACAGUAUGUUACCAGUGUUAACCCUUCUGCAGUUAGCACACUUUUGCUUAAGAUUUUCCUGCUAGACCACGUUUUCCCAUUAUUCUGUAAUCUUGGCAUACAUUUAUAGAUGAAGCCUUUUCCUUUUUCAUCUCAGCGUAUGUCCAAGUCACGUAUGUCAUAAUAAGACAAAGAUGCUACUUCUCCUCCUCCUCCUUUUCUUCAUUGCUUUUUUUUUUUUUCUUUUGUUUUGCUUUGCUCGAUGCUUAUUACGAUGGUUAAUCCUGAAGAACAGCAGUUCAGGAAUAAAUGCCGGUUAAAUGAAAUUGUCAUCAUUAUGUUAUGUAUUGACACCCAGCUUUUGCCAGUCACAUCCAAACCAAACGAUUAAUGCUCUUUUGAACAUUCAGGCAGCGAUCCUUUUCCUCAGAAAAUGAAGGUUUGUUAUGAAUAAUGCUCAGCCUGCGCCUCCCUCCCUCAUUUGCUCCCCAUCUCUCUGUGAGGUGAGGACAGGGGUUUGUUUGUUUGCCUUUGUGAAACACAGAUACGGAGCUCUGUCAUGACUGGGCUGGUUCAGGCAUGGCCUGGGAAGGUACACAGAUGAUUCCCUAAAUAGCUCUAACAGGAAGUUUACCUAAUAACGAAUAAUUGUUAUCUCCUCCACCAAACACCCAGGUUGCAGCAGCAUUUUCUUCCUCUGCCUCUCACUUUGAGGAGCAAGGGGUGCACAUGUUCCCAGGCAUGUUGUGUUCCUGGUGGUGUUCCCAGAGCUGUCAUUUUAUUUUAUAACUGCUGGAGAAAAAAACAAUCCCCAAAGGCACUGAGUCCCUUCUGCAUUGCUCGUAGCCUGCAGAGCAGUGUCCUGGCCCAACGACUGUGCUCUGCUAUGGGGCUGGUUUACUGCAGUGCCCUCUGCUAGGUUGGGUCUGGGCCCAGCAUCCAGCUGGAGUUUCCAAAGCCACUGUGAAGCCGCACGGCAGCACAGCUCCCAUUUUUCCCCAUUGUAGCUGAAGGAAGAUGCUGUUGAUCAGAGGUGUGAUGCUCUUGUCUGUAGGAACCACCCCAGCUCCAGUGGCAGCAAUCCCAGUGUGGUCACAGUAAGUGGAUGAUUGGAGACAGCCUGCACCAAGGGCCAUGUGCCCAAGGUCAGCACUUCCUGAUCGGCCAGGACCGGGACACCCCAGGUUAGACCCUUCCAAACUUAGGCUGGGCUCCGUUUUUGCCAUGCAUGUGAAGAACGCUGUUAUUAGAUGAACACAAUAAAAGGAAAACCACGCUUUCCUGGUCUCGGUAGAUAAUGCUCAUUGGAGAAGAAAGCUGGAAGCAAACCAGAUAAAAACACAAAUGACACGAUGAUCUGACACUCCUGUGGCUUUACGUAAUGCUGUCUAUUAUUUGCAUAUCCUCUGUUUACAGGGUGUGUGAGCAGUCCCACCCUUGCUCAGGCCAGCCUGGCUUCCUCUGCUCCCCAAAGCUCGGUAGCAUCACUGGGGAGUUACUUUUUUGCUAUGAAAUAAGAGUCAGCCUCUCAUGAAUUCACAAAACGUGUCCCUUCUCGAGGGAUGGAAUUUGAAGACUGCUUUGUAUUUUUAGAUGAUUGUGCCGGGCCUUUAAUUAUUUUGAAGUCUGGCUCUCAGUAGACAUCAGUGGGGAGGGAAUUCUGCCUACAAUGCUAAUGGCCACGGCACUGUCUGAAAUUCUCACUCUUGAUCAUUUAUGGCUUCAGAAUGAUUCACAGUGUUUUGGAAGGCAGGAUUUCUUGUUAUUUGAAUGUGCUCUUAUUAACCAUGCAUGGAUUGAUUUCCCAUUAUGGUUGUGGUCAGUGACUUGACUUUGGGAAAAAUGGAGGGUUUGGGGCCUUGAUUUUUAAUAUUACUUUACUUUUCAUUGAAGCUGGAGCUGUCACUAGGGUGGGGAUUUUUGCCUAUGCUGAAGCAAUUCACUGGAACCACCUCACACACUUGGUUUGGAAACAAAACAUGCCACGUUUUGUACCUUUUUAGGUGUGUGCCACUGAAAGUUUGGAGCUUUUCCCUGGACCUGCAAUAAAAUGUCUCCAGGUUGAGUAACAAUUAUCGUUGGCCACUCUGGAAGAAGUUUCUUUGCCUGUGAUUUGUUAAGUCCCAGUUCACUAAAAUACGUGUUCAACUUUAAAUGCAGUCUAGCAAAUCACUUAAGGAUAUGCUGAACUGAGUGGGACUUCUGUAUCCAGUGAAGCGUGGAAGAGUGUUUCGGUGGAUUAAGGCCUCAGUUCUCAUCCUUUCAUUUCAGCUUAUACUUGUUCAAGCUAGGUGUGUCUUGGAGUAAACCCAGCAAAGCACAUGCCUGGACAUAUGAUACUGUCUUUCAGCACUUACAGCUAAAAAUUUAGGAAGAGUUCAUGGUCUGAUGGCAUUCCUGUACCAUCGCUCAGGCCUGAUGGCUUGCUUCUUUGUUUUUAGUUUUUCCUGCUUCAUUCAGGAGAACAGGUUUUUCAGGCUUCCUCAGGUCAGGGAUGCACACCCUGUGCUACCAGGAAGAGACCUUUCGAUGAAUGCUGGAUCAAAUGCUUCAAAUCUCUUUUAAAGAGAAAUCCUCCUGUAAGUAGAAAUGCAUUGAUUCCAUUGGUCUUCAGCAUCCUUCCUUUCUGGUUUGCUCUCUGCAGCUCUGCUUCUAUCCUGGAGUUGUUCUCAUUCCUUGAGGACUUAUUUUUCCACUUGGUUAUAGGAGUACAAAUUGGAAACAGGACCAUAAAAACAGCAGAAUUCUGAGGGUUUUAAAUCAUAAGAGAUGAGGAGAGGAUGGGGUCUCUGCACUGGGGCCGUUCUGUCAGCUGUGCAGUGGGAGCAGUGGGCAGAUAGGAUUUGCAGGUAGUGAGGCUCUAGAAAGAGUGGUCAGCCUUCCUGUGGGCCUUACUGUCCGUAUUGCUUUGCUAAAGAAUACGGUUAAGUGCAGUCCUACUGCUGACCUUCUGUACAUUCAAUCUCGCCAAACUCGAGUGACAUUGCCGACUGAGCAGAAGGACGAGGUGGCAGCUCUGUACUGGGGCAGAUGUCAGCAAUGCCAGUGCUGGUGUGCAUUUCCAUGGUUUUCUUUUUGCCAAAGAUCAGAACAGAAUCAGUACAUAGGCUGGCCAGGACAAGGAUAAUUUCAUGCCCAUAGCCUGGUGUGUUUGGUACAGACAGCACGUGCCGGAGCUUUGACACAAAGCUUGCUUUGCCUGUGGUAAUUUCACUGUUCUCAUUUUCUCCAUUAAUUUAACACUGAAUGCACUCUUUUUUUUU